GACGGCGGUGGUGGCUGGUGCUGCUGGUUGGGGUGAGACUGGACCCUCCAUUUCCACAUUUCCACCUGAUAGUCCGUACAGCCAGCUUCUCGAGUUCAGUCAACGUUUGUCACGCGAGGGGAAUAGUUAAAUAUUUAAUUCGGCAUUUCUCGAUGAUGCCGCUUUUUGGAAAAAAAGACUCUACCAAGAAGGCCAAGAAAGAGGGCAAGGACCCAGAAAAGCCCCAGCUAGAAGACAAGUUCGAAAUGAAGGAUGUCCUCGGAACGGGGGCGUUUUCUCAAGUUCGGCUCGCCCAGAGUAAAGAAGACCCCAGUGUUAUGUACGCCAUAAAGAUCAUCGACAAGAAGGCACUCAAGGGGAAGGAAGACUCCCUCGAAAAUGAAAUCAAAGUCCUGCGAAGACUGACGCAUCCCAAUAUAGUGCAGCUGUUGGAUACGUACGAAGAUAAAACUAGGGUCUAUUUGGUCAUGGAAUUAGUGACUGGGGGCGAGCUGUUCGACCGGAUCGUGGAGAAGGGGUCUUAUACUGAGAAAGACGCAGCCGACUUGAUAAAACAGGUGCUAGCGGCUGUGGAAUACAUGCAUGAUCAAGGCGUGGUGCACCGUGACCUAAAGCCCGAGAAUUUAUUGUACUACUGUUCGGACGAGGACAGCAAAAUAAUGAUCAGUGACUUUGGUCUAUCAAAAAUGGAGGAUUCUGGUAUCAUGGCCACCGCGUGUGGAACACCAGGAUACGUCGCUCCAGAGGUGUUGGCGCAAAAGCCGUAUGGAAAGGCGGUCGACGUUUGGAGCAUAGGUGUAAUCUCGUACAUUCUCCUUUGUGGGUAUCCUCCUUUCUACGAUGAAAACGAUGCAAAUCUAUUUGCUCAGAUUUUAAAAGGGGAAUUUGAGUUUGAUUCUCCGUACUGGGAUGAGAUAAGCGACUCAGCGAAAGACUUUAUUCGUAUGCUAAUGUGCGUCGAUACAGACAAACGAUUUACCUGCAGUCAAGCUCUACAACAUCCAUGGAUAUGUGGAAAUGCGGCCAAUAAAAACAUUCACGGAACUGUGUCGGAGCAGCUUAAGAAAAAUUUUGCAAAGUCCCGAUGGAGGCAACUAAUGCAUGCUAUCGCUAUGGUUCAUAAGAUGCAAAGGUUAGCACUUAGUACCUCAAACAGUAUGGACAUUGAGGAGAAGAAAUGUUCCACAAUCACUGAGGAGGAGGUGGAUAAUGGGGCUGCAUAAGCAUAAUAAGGCGAGAAGGCUUCCUCCUCCUUCGGGGAUGGGCGACACUCGAAUCUCGGCAACGAAUGGCUGCUAUUAUUAUUAAAAUACGUAAUUAAUUGUUUGCAAUAUCCUGGUUGAUAUUUCAAAAAAAACGGCAAGUUCCAAAGAAAGAAACUUUAACAGCGAUUUAACGGUGGUGAUGAUAUUAUUAGGUAUAUACUGCAACAUUCACACACCGAUUAGAUAUUAUCUGAAUCCAAUCCAUUCCUAUCUACUAAAUAACUACUUCAAUUUAAAGAGUUCAACAAUAUAACAAAAAAUGAAUGAUAUUACACUACCUUAUUAUGAUAUUUAAAUAUAAAGUAAAAGUGCUUUUAACUCUGAUUGCCAUUUAAGUAUGAUACUUUUACAACCAAGAUUAUUAUAUCCAUACAUAGGAAAUUUUCAUAAUAUGUCCUUUAAAAUAUGUAUUUAGUGCGUUACGCCAAAAAAACAACAACUUUAGUUUAGUCUUCAUUAUUCUGCGAUACUAGUUUCUUCAAAUAUUCAUCAUCAUGAUAUUAUUUUUUAUAGUCAGUCGCACACACACAUAUACACACUCAAUACGUUGACUUUCUAUUAAUACCGGGCUCACCGUUCGUUCUUGCUCGAUAUAAAUAUAUAAAAAAAAUUAUUAUAAAACGUAUUGGAAAAUUAGGAAAUUUCAAAGAAACGUAGGACAAAAUUUACAUCAUCAUGUCUUAUUAUUCUGUUAGUACGCGUUUAAGAGGCAAAUAAUAAAAAUAAUGGAUAUCAAAGUUAUCGAUCAAA